GAUCCACUCGAUUUCCACCUCGGUCCUCUCCACUUCCCACGCCGCCUCCACCAUUUCUUCCCCUUCUUUUAACCUCGUCCCUCGAUACCUUUUCCGUCCGAUCCCCAGCCGACGGCCAUCCUUCUGCCCCAAGCCCCGCUCACCCGGAGAGACGACGGCUCAUCUCAGCCGGCGCCUAUAAAUAACGGAGAAGAGGAUGGAUCGGAGGAGGGCGGGGAGCCCGGUGUACGGGCGGCAGAGGAGCGGGGGGUCGAGCAGCACGGGCUCGUCGUCGCCGGGGAUGUCGCCGGCGCACCACCGGUCGGCGUCGGUGUCCGGGCUGUCCAGCGUCAGGAGGACGCAGAACGUGGCGGCCAAGGCCGCCGCUGCGCGCCUCGCGCAGGUGAUGGCGUCGCAGAGCGCCGCCGGCGAUGAUGACGAGGACGAGGAUGACAUCCCCUCAGCGGCCAGUGGCGUCGGGUUCCGGUACGGCGCGUCGCGGCCGGCGGCUAGCAGUAAUGGCAGCAGCGGCGGUAGUGGCGCUUCUUUGCUCGGGAGGUCGACUAGAUCUCCCUCGCCUGCGUUAGGUCGGAACUUUGUGGAGCAUACUCCAGCAGUCCGCUCUACAUCAGCUGGAAGGCCAUCAGUUUCUGUUCGUCCAGCACCAUUAGCGCCCCCAAGUAAAACAACUCUUAGGACCCCUUCACCUCUUCCAGCAAUUGAACCUUCACAUGACAGGCGCAGAGAGAAGAGGUUUCCAGCAGAUGUGGGACAUCGGAAAUCAAGGGAAACAGGACUUCAGCGUGAGGCUUCUGUGCUUCAAGAUGAGUUUGAUAUGCUACAAGAAGAGAAUGAGAAUAUUCAUGAAAAGUUGCGGCUUGCAGAGAAGAGAUGCGAGGAAGCAGAGGCCCGGGCCAAGGAGCUUGAGAAACAGGUUGCUGCUCUUGGAGAAGGGGUAUCUUUGGAAGCUCGAUUGUUGAGCAGGAAGGAAGCAGCUCUCCGCCAAAGAGAGGCUGCUCUUAAGGCUACCAAGCAAAUGAAGGAUGGGAGAGAUGAGGAAAUAACAUCACUUAAACAAGAAGUUGAGUCUGCUAAAGAGGAGGUUGCAACAGCCAUUGGACAACUCAGAGAAGCUGAAUUGGAAGCCAGGGCUCUACGCUCAAUGACACACAGAAUGAUUCUAACACAAGAAGAGAUGGAAGAGGUUGUUCUUAAGAGAUGCUGGCUUGCACGGUAUUGGGGUUUAGCUGUAAAGCAUGGCCUCUACCCAGAGAUUGCUAUAUCAAAAUAUGAGCACUGGUCAUCAUUAGCACCUCUUCCUCUUGAAGUCGUCAUUUCUGCUGGUCAAAAGGCUAAGGAAGAAUCAUCGAACCAAGAUGAAGAUGAUUCUGAGAGAAGAAAUAAACUUCUACGGGACUUGAGUGACAUAACAGGAGAAGGCAACAUAGAGAGCAUGCUUUCGGUUGAGAAGGGUCUAAGAGAACUUGCAUCUUUGAAGGUGGAGGAUACUGUUGUGCUUGCGCUGGCUCAACAUCGGAGACCAAAUUUGCUUCGACAACUGUCUUCAGAUUUUAAAUCACCUGGUGAUCCAAAGUUCUUGGAGUCAUUUGAACUAAACCAAGAGGAGUCGGAAGAUGUUACUUUUAAGCAGGCAUGGCUUGUGUAUUUGUGGAGAAGAGCCAAAGUCCAUGGCAUAGAAGAAGAUAUCGCCGAAGAGAGGCUGCAGUUUUGGAUCAGUCGCAGUGGCCAGCCACCAACUUCUCAUGAUGCUGUUGACGUGGAGAGAGGUCUGAUAGAGCUGAGAAAGCUGGGUAUUGAGCAGCAAUUGUGGGAAGCAUCCCGAAGAGAUAUAGAGCAAGCCUCUUCAGGCACAGAGAACUCUUAAGUGAUGACUGUCAACUCCUGUUCUUUCCGUUUGUUAAUUUUACAUUUUGUGGCAUCCGUCAUCAGCUUGCCAGGUUAGGGAUCCACAUAUCUCCGCGGCUGCAGGCUUCCUGGUUAAUAACCAAUGGCUAUAAUUAUCAGGGGUCGGCGGCCAAUAUCUCCCAUAUCCAUGGGUCGAUUUCUUGUGAAUGUGUGUAAUUUAGACAGGCUUCAGUCUUUUUGGUUUAUGUAUCAUUGUUAAACAUACACAUGGUUAUUCAUGUUAUUCGGCAUGCAGCUUGGCUAAAUCUUCGUCAAAAAGACAUGGCUGUAUUGCCUCGCUUACUACCUUGUUUACCUUGUCGUAUAAGCAGUCAAGGGACCAUUUGUUUCCUCUUAAACUUGUUUUCGUCUCUAAUUUGCAAAGGAAUUUACUAGUGGUUUGCAUUA